ACGACUGCGUUAAAAUUUGGGUUUAACAAGACGUCAUUUUCUCUUCUACAUUGUAGAAAUUGUAGCGAUUGUGAACUGCAAAAAUUCGGUAACGUAAUUCAUGACCGUUACAAAUGUAUUUGUUAUUGUUUCAGUUAAAAAGGGUUUAGGUUGAUUAAUAAAGAUUCCAUAUCGUACUCGUAAAAAAUUACUUGCGUAAUAUGACUUCAAAGGAGUGUCGUAUUUGUUUGCGACAUGAGGAGAAUUGUGUGUCACUGUUUACAAAACGCCGAGGAACGAAGCUAGCGGAAAUCAUUCGAUUUUGUGCCAGAAUCGAGAUAUACGAAGACGACGGUUUGCCAGAAGAUGCAUGUUCCAGAUGCGUCGACGAAGCUCUAAAUGCGUACUUGUUUGUAAAUAAAUGUCGUCGGUCCGAUGCUGAGUUACGCACGGCGCAAGCAUUUUGCAAAGAAAGCAAUGCAGGAGAUGAUCCGGACGAGGAAGUAUAUUGUUCGGUCGCACAAAGUAUUAAAUCGGCAUCGGCAUCGGAAAAAGAUCCUUUUGCUGAGUCGGUAGAAAAUUGUGUCACAAUUUCAAAACUUAAUCCAGAAAUGAAGUCUCUAUCAAGUUCUGGAUCAGUGAACGUUAUAUUGCCUGAAGCAAACGAAUCAUCAAAUCGUAAAGAAUACGAUGAACAAAUCAAUAUUACUAAGGUCGAAGAACCGUUCGCAACAUUAAUCGAAGAAUCAGAUAUGGUAGAAUCUCAAUUGAUGUUUAAUGAAAACGAUGACGAAGAGAUAGAUGAAUUUCUAGUAGAAUACCUGGACGAUGAAUUCAAGAUCGAUUCGCAACGUGAAGCAUCCGUCGGCAAUGAUCAAGCUUUAGAAUCUGAACAAGAUGAAGUCAAUCAGGCAAGCACUCCAGAUGAUUGUCAAGGUUCUGGUAAGAAGUUUAUUUGUUGCGGAAUACGUUGCAAAGCCAUUCUCAAUACCCAUCAAGAACUAGAAAUGCACACUUAUGAGGUUCAUUUAGUCCACAGAGAACGAGAAAGCAGGGAAAAACCAUAUGAAUGUUCUCGUUGCUAUGCUCGGUUUCAUACCGCAAAGAGCUUAUCUCUGCACAAUCGUAAAUUAUCGCAUUGUCCAUUGUGCCUGCAAGUCUGCUUCUCACAGAGGGAGAAACGAUUACACAUGCACGACGUGCAUGGCGAAUCAAUUUCUUUGUCAUCGAUUCAAAAAUUGGUAAAAAUUUGUUGUGGUUGUCAUGAAUCGUUUCAAAAUGAAGAAGACCUUCGACUACAUAGUGAAGAAAAACACGCGAUACGCAAAAGUGCUGUUGACGCAUCCCGGCCACUGCAAUGCGAUGUUUGCUAUAAGCUAUUUCGCACAUUGGAAAGUCUACGAAUCCACCAACGGUUUGUUUAUAGACCGAAGAAUUUUGUCUGCUCGAUUUGUAAUAGAGCAUUCGAUACUCGAUCUAAGCUUACCAGCCAUGAACUCGUUCAUUCCGAUCAGCGAAAUUUCCAAUGCGACAAGUGCGACAAAUCGUUCAAAAAAAGUAUCGACCUUCGAAGUCAUCAACUGUUGCACAAUGAAAAACGAGAAGAAUGCACAGUCUGCGGGCUGCGAUUCCAUCGGAAGUCUAAUCUUAAAAUGCAUAUGCGCAAACAUCAGGACACAUUUUUCUAUGCCUGUCCCGAUUGUCCGAAACAAUUCAAAAAUAACUCUCACCUUAAGGAACACUAUAAGGUGCACUCGAAGCAGAAACCCUAUUCCUGCAGCUACUGUGAGCGUAGUUUUGCUUAUUGCAGUGACAAAAAACGGCACGAGAUGAGUCACACCGGUAACUAUCCGUUCGAGUGUCACUGUUCGAAGAAGUUUGCUCGUAAAACAACGUAUGAUAAGCACGUCGUCGUUUGUCAGGAUCGCAUAGAGUAGUUUCUAAUUUUUGUUCUAUAAUUAGGUAACUAACAUCAAA